UGCCGAUGGAGAUCCGAUCGAAGGAGGAGGAGAAGCGCCAGUCUCAAGAAGACGUGCUCGCACCAAACGACAGUCACCAAGUCUUAUCUGCGCAAAGUACGCGUCGGUUAACGGAUACUUAUGGAUCAGAUCUGGGUUUCCUCUCUUCACGCUUGGAGGGCACAAAGGUGUCGGCUUGUUUUCUGCUUGAAGCCCUUCGCCCGGUCGUACAAGACUAUCGUGCAUGCCAAGAAGUCUGUGCCGCCUCUCGCGUUUGCAUUUGACAUCGAUGGUGUCCUCCUCCGCGGAGCCAAGGUCAUCCCAGCGGCCAAGCGCGCUCUGCAAAUUCUAGAAGGAGAAAAUUCAACAGGAAGCAAGAUCCCCUACAUUCUGAUUACCAAUGGAGGCGGGGAAAGCGAGGCUGAUCGAUGCCGGAAACUGACUGAGGCACUGGGGUUUCACAUCCAAGAACGCCAGUUUGUACAGUCACAUACCGUCCUGAAGUCUAUUGUAUACAAGUAUGCCGACCUUCCAGUACUAGUUCUGGGUGGCAUAAACGACGAAGUUCGCAAGGUUGCAGAAGGAUAUGGAUUCAAACGUGCAUAUACGACGCUUGAUGUACUGGCGUGGAACCCAUCAGUCUGGCCAUUCCACGAUCUCACCCCAUCCGAGCGAGAGUCAACCAAGGCAGUGGAUUUCUCAAAAAUCCCUAUCGCUGCGGGUUUUGUCUUCCACGACCCGCGCAACUGGGCACUCGAUAUACAAGUCAUGUGUGACGUCUUCCAAUCUGGCGGGGUCAUCGGGGCACCGUAUACAACGACUCCCACGAGCGGACAGACUAGCGAUGCUUACGGGCACACGGGGCGGCGCCCAGAGCUGAUAUUUUGCAAUCCUGACAUCCUGUGGAAGUCGGGUUUUGACCAGCCCCGGCUAGGCCAAGGUGCGUUCCGGACGGCGUUUCAGGCUGUGUUCAAGACGCUCACGGGUUCCGAGUACCCGUACGUUCAAUUCGGCAAGCCCACAGAGGCGACGUAUAGGUUUGUAAAGAAGGUGGUGCAGGACAGGUUCAAAGAGCUGUAUGGCGAUGUGACGAACGAGCAACCACGAAUGUACAUGAUCGGAGACAAUCCAGAAUCUGAUAUCGCCGGAGCAAAUGCUGCCGGUUGGUCUUCCGUCCUAGUGUACACAGGCGUGUAUGAUCCUAAGCGCGGGCCGCCAACGUACAAACCGACGCAUGAGGCGGAGGACGUCGAAGAGGCUGUGAAAUGGGCAAUCGAGCAUGAGACGUCCAAGAAGAACAGCUCGUACUGAUCGAGAUUCGCUGCAGGUACCAAGGCCUACGAAGCUCGGUCGGGUAAUGUAGUUAGAUAGGAUAGUGCGAUGUAGUAUUGCGAUAUUUAUUAAACCGACGAAUGCAUAUUGCUGAGCGUGC